GCAAAGGCAAUAAACUCCGUUUCUGAAUCUUACAAAAACUAAUUCCAAAAACAAAAAUGGGUUGCAAGGCUUGCGGAACAAACUGCCAGUGCUCGGCCACCAAGUGCGGCGACAACUGCGCCUGCAGCCAGCAGUGCCAGUGCGCCUGCAAGAACGGACCCAAGGAUAAGUGUUGUUCCACCAAGAACUAAUAAGGAAUACAUCUGCUUCUCUGGCAUACACAGUGAUUCGUUGGCAUUUAAAAAUAUGUAAACUUUCGGAAUAAACUUUAUGGAUUAAUAAAAUAAA